CAAUGACCCUUCUCAGUCGGUGUUUCUCACUGAGAUUCAAGGUGGGCUUAUACAGCAUGAGACGGCUUAAAUGAACAGAAAUUGAACAUCCAGUAAAUGACACAUUAGCGGUUUGGAUCGCAGAAGUCUGAUAACAGAGCUGAAACCAAACCGAAACAAAGCGAAUUUUAUGGAGUGAGACACCCAAGAAGAGCACCCGCAUCAUCAAUGGACGGCAUGUUCAUAGACGAUCCUGUAUCAGGGGAUGGGAGCCCCAUCUCCCUGAGUGUCCUCACGCUCCUGGAUACCCUGAGCAACAGCACAGAAGAACAGUGCUUCAGUGCCCGCUCACAUAGCACAGUCUUGCAAGGGCUGCCAUUUGGUGGGGUACCCACCGUACUUGCUCUCAACUUCAUCCUCUGGCUGUUCCUCCUUUUGGUCUUCUCCUGCCUUCGGAAAGCAGCUUGGGAGUACGGGUGCCUGGCUUUGCUGGUGGAUAAUGACAGCCUGACGUCACUCUUCUAUGGGGAGCAAAGUGAAAAAGAGAAAUCGCCAUUGGAGACCAGUCCCCUAGAUGCGGAUACUAAAGAUGUGGGAUUCUGCUCCUGGCUCCUGUCCAUUUACCAGAUGAAGGAUGAGGAAAUUCAAAGCAAAUGUGGAAUUGAUGCCACCACCUACCUCUCUUUCCAACGGCACAUACUGGUGCUGCUUAUGAUCAUCUGUGUGCUCUCUGUGGCUGUCAUCCUUCCAGUCAACUUCUCUGGAGACCUCCUGGGGAAGCAUCCAGCUAAUUUUGGCCGAACCACAAUUGCCAAUGUUCCAAAAGAUGACCGACUCUUGUGGCUGCACAGUAUCUUUGCCCUCCUCUAUUUCAUUAUAACCGUCCUCUGCAUGGCUCAUCACUCCAUCCAGCUUGACUACAAGGAGAAUGAGAAGGUGGCCCGGACAUUGAUGGUGACUGGGAUCCCAAAAGAGAUCACUGACCCAUCCCUUGUCAUCAAACACUUUCAUGAGGCUUAUCCUAGCUGCACAGUGACUGACGUCCAGUUCUGCUCAGAUGUUCGCAGACUGAUAAAGCUGGAUUCAGAAAGGCGCAAGGCAAUGAAAGGGAGACUGUACUUUACUACCAAGGCUCAGAAGGAAGGGAAAAUCAUGAUCAAGAUCCACCCUUGUUCCCGCAUCUUCUGCUGCCGUAUCUGUGGCUUUGAAGAGGUGGAUGCUGAGCAGUACUAUGGGGAGCUGGAGGAGAAGUUGACAGAUGAGUUUAAUGCUGAACACAGCCGGAUCGCGCUCAAGCGCCUCGAUAUGGCUUUUGUCACGUUCCAGGACAAGCGGAUGACUGCCACUAUUUUGAAGGAUUACAGUCACACCCACUGCCGCAAGCAUCCACAACAGUCAUCCGUUACCACAGUGGUGAAGUCCCAUUGCUGGGGGGUCAGAUAUGCCCCUGCCCCCAAUGACAUCAUCUGGGAGAACUUGUCCGUCCGUGGUGCAUCGUGGUGGGUGCGAUUUAUCCUGCUCAACAUCUGCCUCUUCAUCCUCCUCUUCUUCCUCACCACGCCCGCCAUCAUUGUCAACACCAUGGACAUGUUCAACGUUACACGGCCUGUGGAGAGCCUCAAGAACCCGAUUGUCACCCAGUUCUUCCCCACACUGCUGCUCUGGGCCUUCUCUGUAUUCCUCCCUUUCAUUGUGUAUUACUCAGCUUUCUUUGAGGCACACUGGACGAGAUCAAAUGAAAAUCAGCUGACAAUGCACAAGUGUUACUUUUUCCUGGUCUUUAUGGUCAUCAUCUUGCCUUCGCUUGGACUGACCAGUUUGGAUCUCUUUUUUCGGUGGCUCUUUGACAUCCACUUCUUGGAUGAGGCACAGAUAAAGUUUCAGUGUGUGUUCCUUCCUGAUAAUGGCGCUUUCUUUGUCAAUUACGUCAUCACCUCCAGCCUGAUAGGAACGGCCAUGGAACUGCUGCCCAUUCCUGCACUUAUCGUCUACGCCACUCGACUUUCCUUCGCCAAGUCUGAGCCAGAGCUACUCCAUAUCAAGCGGAACCAAGCGUAUGAGUUCCAAUUUGGACUGGAAUAUGCCUGGACCUGCUGCAUUUUUGCUGUUGUCAUGACUUACAGCAUCACCUGCCCCAUUAUUGUCCCCUUCGGUUUGCUCUAUAUGCUGCUGAAGCAUAUGGUUGAUCGCUACAAUAUUUACUACGUGUAUAUUCCCACCAAGCUGAACCAACGUAUCCACUCUGCAGCUGUAAGCCAGGUGGUGGUGGCUCCCAUCCUCUGCAUGUUCUGGCUACUGUUCUUCUCCAUCCUCCGUCUAGGCCUCAUCAGGCCCAUCACCCUUUUCACCAGCGUAGUCCUUUUCUUCUGCAUCCUUUUUUCCUUCUUUGGCCUUUGUCUGAAGAAGCUCCGAUCAAGGAAACCCUCCAGUUACCAGCAGCUGUCUGAGCAAUCUGAAGGAGCAUUCAGUGAUACAGAAAGGAGCAGCAUCUCUUCCACUCCCAAUUCCAACAUGUUUGUGGCCACAGUGCUGCAAGAGCCAGAGCUGAGUCUGACACCAGCUGCCUCCCCGGCUCAUCGGUCCUACGGCACUAUGGGCACCCGCCUCGAGCAAGUGGAGAGUAUGGACGAGGGUGGCAUGCAGAGCUUUGAGACAGAGCUGGAGAGCACAGAGGGCGAAUACAGAACGGGGCUGGUGCUGGACAACCAGAGUUCCUAUCAUUGACAACCUCCGGCCAGAGCAAUGACUGAUAGAUAGAAACAUCGAAAUGUUAAGAGUGUCAUAGGGAAGUGUCACGUCCUAAGGCCUCUAGAUUGUUCUGUGCUGCUGUGUUAUCAGUCCUGCUGUGAACCACUCCUGGGCAGAGAUUUAGUUCUUGCUAAGGAGAC